CUGACUCGGUCUCUCUCCUCCCAUUCCCAUCUAUUCUGCAAGAAAAAUGAGAAAACGCACUGUGCAUGCAUGUUUGGGAGUCGCGGUUGCUUGCUUUAUUUUACUGAUGAUGGUAACUCCACCCAUUCCUCAGCCUCAGAAAUACCAUGAUUUUGCUGACAAACGCGAAUUCUUUGGCAUUCCCAAUGCGCUUAAUGUGAUAUCAAAUUUUCCAUUCGUGGUUAUUGGUCUCAUUGGGCUUAUGCUUUGUCAUCGUAGGAACUAUUUUAAGCUCAGUUUUCAAGGUGAGCUAUGGGCUUGGACAUGCUUUUAUGUUGGUGUGGCUUCAGUUACUUUUGGGUCUUCAUACUAUCAUCUCAAGCCAAAUGAUGAUCGUCUUGUGUGGGACAGGUUGCCGAUGACUGUUACUUUCGCGGCAAUGAUGGCGAUUCUCAUCAUUGAAAGGAUUGAUGUGAAGAAGGGAACAAUUUCAAUUGUACCUCUAAUUAUGGCGGGUAUAAUAAGCAGUGUCUAUUGGAGGUUCUUUGGUGACAUACGUGUAUAUCUUCUGGCCCAAAUUGUACCAUGCAUUGCCAUACCUCUCAUGGCUAUUUUGUUACCUCCAAUGUACACACAUUCAAUGUAUUGGCUCUGGGCUGCAGGAUUUUAUCCUCUAGCUAUGCUGCAAGAUGCUACCGAUAGAGUGAUUUAUAAAUUGACUUUUCAUACUGUCAGUGGUCACACACUUAAGCAUUUGACUGCUGCAAUGGCUCCUCUCAUCACAACAGUCAUGCUUGCAAAGAGGAGUGUUUACUUAGAGAGGCUUUUGCAUGCAAAGACUACUUAA